UUAUAAUAUCAUUAAUCAAUCUCCUUCAAAGUUCGACAACACAAUCAUCAAGUCCACAAUACCACAACCACCACCACCACCACCAUCACUACCGACAACAACAACAACUCUAUUAAACAAACAAUCCAAUCUCAUUUCAACUACUUCCAAUCAAUCAAUUCCAAAGUCACUAUUAAUUAUACCAAGUCAAACACAAUUUAAUCAUCGUAUUCAAUUGUGUUUAGAUGCAAUAAGUGGUAUGAAAUUAUCAAUGAUGCAGAAUUUAAGUACAACAAUUCAUGCACGAUUACAUUGUUUAUUAUUAAUCCCAUGUGGUGAACAGAAUCAUGCUCAUUUCACAAGCAAUCAAUUAUUAUUAUAUUAUACCCAUGUGAUUAAAUCCAUCAACAGUUCACCACCUGUUUAUAAUUCUAGUUAUGCUAUGGAAUUAAAUUGUAAAUUAGAUGUACAGCUGCCGACAUCAUGGCUUAUUGCCUGUCAACAAUCGAAUUAUCAAUCGAAUUUAAUUAAUAAUCAAAAUAAUAAUCAAAAUAAUAAUGACAAUGUAGUAAAUAAUUAUGAAAUUACUUUAUUUGAAGCUAUUUUAAAUGGUGAUGAAUGUCAUAUGGAACAAUAUGCUAGACCAAUCACUAAACCAUGUUUAAUGAUACAAGUUGAUCUAUGGUUACAGAAUAAUAUGUCAAAAAGAUUUAAUGAUUUGAACCAUGCGAAUAUAAAAUAUUGGG